AUGGAUCUCUCCUUCAUGGCAGCGCAGAUUCCGGUGAUGACGGGCGCCUUCAUGGACUCGUCUCCCAACGAUGACUACAGCACCGACCACUCUCUGUUCAACUCGUCUGCCAGCGUCCAUGCUGCCUCCUUAGCAGCUCAUAGCCCACCCGAGGAGCCUCAGUCCAUGUCUCGGGACGCCAUUUGGCUCUGGAUCGCUAUCACUGCCACCAUUGGGAACAUAGUAGUUGUGGGUGUAGUGUACGCCUUCACAUUCUGA